UCUUAUCUUCAAUGGGCGCUGUUGUUGUCUGGGUGCUAGCAGAGUGGCCUUCGCGAUCAUGGUGGGGCAAUCGCCCGUGUGCCGCCUCGCACAUGCAGCUCCUCUGCGUUGCGUCAUCGGCUGUCGCGAAACCAUGAACAAGCUCCAACGUGUCGCACGCGCUCUCCCACUAUCCAAACCGCACCGUCACCUUCCUCAACCCAACGUCUUACCUACCACGCGUCUUACAAACAGCCUUCUCUCCUCGACCGCCCCAAAUCGCGCACGCGCACACCCCUCACACACCACGCGCAACAUGUCGUCCGACGCCGCCUACGCCGCCUUCCUCGACAAGGCAAACCAGGACUCCGCGCCCGCCGAGCAGCAGAGUGCAGACACGAAAUCAUACGGCUCGAAGAGCGUGAACACGGCGGUCCCGAAGGCGCUCGAGGCCGUGGAGGAGUACUACGUCAGCGACGCGGACGAGCCGUUUGAGCCCGUGGCGCUGGAAUACAAGGGCGACUCUUUGUCUGCAGGGGAUUUGGGCAAGUUGCUGGGGAAAGACGGGGUGCAGGAUGUUGGGGCCGAGGGGUUCGAGAAGCAGUAUAAGAGUGUUGUUGAUGCGGUUAAGAAGGCGGGGAAUGGGGAGGUGAAGGCUUUUAAGGUGGAUUUGGAGGGGGCUAGGGCCGAGUAUUUUGUUCUGUCGGUUGAUCGCGAGGGGGGGAGGGUGGUGGGGUUGAAGGCGUUGAGUGUUGAGUCGUAGAUAUCUGCAGGUGAACUGCGAUGGUUCGCGGCGAAUUAAAAGCCCUGGGACGGAGAACUGUGUCCUGCACGUGUGAACGAAUAGUUCGGCAUUUGCCUCAGGUUUCGAGAAAACCGUUUCAAGUCAAUCAUUGCCUUCAUGGAGGCAUCACACAAGGCCGUUCCACAGCGCUUUUGGGCGGGGAUUUAGAAGCGCCGCCGGUUAACUCCGAAAUGGCUCGUUGUUAAUCCACAG